AUGUAUUCAGAAGUAACUCAUAUCGCAGAAGUAAAUGGGAGUGGUCCUUUCCUCACCACUCUUCUUUUUAGUGUUGAAGACCGUGUAGGAAUUUUAGACGAAUGUUUAUCCGUACUUAAAAAUUUAAGCAUUUCGUUAACAAGAAUUGAAAGUCGUCCAAGUAAAACUCCUGGUUGGGAUUAUGAUUUUUUUGUUGACUUUAACGCGGAAGAUUCUAAACAACUUACUCGCGUAGUGGAAGCUUUAAGAGAAGUCACCAAACAAGUAAAAAUUGUUAGCACACGUACUUCAGAAGCUACCGAAGUUCCAUGGUUUCCCCAAAAAAAGUCCGAUCUUGAUACUUUUGCUAAUAAAGUUUUGGAAAUGGGAGAAGAACUUGAUUCCGAUCAUCCAGGUGCUAAGGAUCAAGUUUAUAGAACACGACGUACAGAGAUUACUCGAUUCGCCAAAACUUAUCGUCACGGACAACCAAUUCCUUCAGUCAAUUACACACCCGAAGAAAUUGCAACUUGGGGUGUUGUCUUUCGUAAUUUAAUAGAAAAAUAUCCUACUCAUGCUUGUCGAGAACAUCAACACGUAUUCCCAUUAUUACAACAAAAUUGUGGAUACAGAGAAGAUAAUAUUCCACAAUUAGAAAUUGUUUCUAAAUUUUUGAAGGGUUUUACUCUUCGUCCAGUUAUGGGAUUACUUUCAUCACGAGAUUUUCUCAAUGGUCUCGCAUUUCGCGUUUUUCAUUCAACUCAAUAUAUUCGUCAUCAUUCGAAACCUUUUUAUACACCCGAACCAGAUAUUUGUCACGAAUUGCUUGGUCACGUUCCAUUAUUUUGUGAUCCAGAUUUUGCGGAUUUUUCUCAAGAAAUCGGAUUAGCGUCAUUAGGAGUUAGUGAUGAAGAUAUAGAAAAAUUAUCCACGAUUUAUUGGUUCACAGUUGAAUUUGGAUUAUGUCGCCAGGGAGAUGAAAUAAGAGCAUAUGGAGCCGGAUUGUUAUCUUCGUUUGGUGAACUUGAGACAGCAUAUCAAAAAUAUAUUGUGACCGAAUACCAACCAGUUAACGCGCAACAAAAGGUACGAGAUUUUGCCAAUACAUUGAAACGACCUUAUUCUGUACGUUAUAAUCCUUUCACGGAGUCCAUCGAAGUUUUAGAUAAAAAGGAGAAAAUAGUAAGACACACUCAGAACAUUAAGAAUGAUAUGUUAAUAUUAGUAGAUGCGUUAGAGAGGUUGCAUUAA